AUGGGAAGUCCUGGUCACUUCUCAAAACCAGGAGAUUUAGCACGGCUGUGGCACAAUGAAUGCCAGCGAAUCUUCAUGGACCGUCUUAUCUGUGAAGAGGACUUAUUUAUUAUGAGGCAAGCAGUAGCAGAAACUUCAGCCAAAGUAUUUCCUCAGUGGUCUGAUUCUGUUCUUCGAGAGCCUUUACUGUUUGGUGACUUCCGCAAUGUCUUAAAUGCUCCAAAACAAAGACAAUAUGAAGAUCUUUUGGAUUAUGAUGCAGUCUAUGCCCUUGUUAGAGAAAUUUUAAGUAAAUACAAUGAGAAGAAUGUCAGUCUUAACUUAGUCCUAUUUGAUGACGUGCUGGAACAUUUCAUUCGAGUGCAUCGUGUUCUUCGAAUGCACAACGGUCACAUGACAUUAAUUGGAGUUACUAGUUCUGGGAAAAAAAGUAUUACUCAUUUAGCAGCAUAUACAGCA